CGUGAUGAGGCAGCCAAUCAAAUCGCGACACUGCGCUAACGUUAGCAUAUCACUGGCAAAACAACAGCUCGCCCAAUUUCCUGUUUGGGUUCGCCGCGUCGCUACCUUCAAAUCAGUCGCGAUGUCGAAUUAAAUACAGUCGUAUUACGUGAUUGUUUUAUUUGUCGUUCGCGUUGCCAGCUGUCGAAGCUGCUGAGAAAGGCGAAGAUGGGCUCCAUCCUGAGUCGCAGGAUUGCUGGUGUUGAGGAUAUCGACAUUCAAGCUAACUCGGCCUAUCGGUUUCCCCCGAAAUCUGGGAAUUAUUUUGCGAGCCACUUCUUCAUGGGAGGGGAGAAGUUCGACACACCGCAUCCCGAGGGAUACCUUUUUGGGGAAAACAUGGAUUUAAAUUUCCUGGGAAACAGGCCAGUGCAGUUCCCCUACGUGACCCCCGCUCCCCACGAGCCCGUGAAAACCCUAAGGAGUCUGGUGAACAUUCGGAAGGACUCGUUGCGUUUGGUCCGGUAUAAAGAUGACUCUGACACGCCGGUAGAGGAGGGCGGCAAACCAAAGGUUCAGUACGGCGUGGAGUUCACAUUUGAUGCCGACGCUCGAGUGGCCAUCACCCUCUACUGCCAAGCCUUUGAGGAAUUUUCCAAUGGGAUGGCUGUGUACAGCCCAAAGGAUCCAUCCAUGGCCUCGGAGACUGUCCACUACAAGCGGGGCGUCAGCCAGCAGUUCUCCAUGCCUUCUUUCAAAAUCGACUUCAGCGAGUGGAAAGAGGAAGACCUCAACUUUGACCUCGACCGAGGGGUAUUUCCUAUGGUCAUCCAGGCAGUAGUUGACGAUGGGGACGAUUGCCUCGGACACGCUCAUGUACUUUUGGCAGCAUUUGAACGACACGUCGAUGGCAGUUUCUCCGUCAAGCCACUGAAGCAAAAGCAAAUUGUGGACCGUGUGAGCUACCUCUUACAGGAGAUCUAUGGCAUUGAGAACAAGAACAACCAAGAAAUCAAGACAUCCGACGAUGAGAACAGCGACAACAGCAACGAGUGCGUGGUGUGUCUGUCGGACCUGCGCGACACGCUCAUCCUGCCGUGCAGACACCUGUGCCUCUGCAACUCGUGCGCUGACACCUUGCGCUACCAAGCUAACAACUGUCCCAUCUGCAGACUGCCUUUCAGGGCCUUGCUGCAGAUCCGAGCGGUGCGGAAAAAGCCCGGGGCGCUCUCCCCUGUUUCUUUCAGUCCUGUUCUGGCGCAGACGAUGGACCACGAUGAGCACUCGGGCACCGAUUCAGUCCCCCCCGGCUUUGAGCCCGUGUCGCUACUGGAGGCCCUGAACGGCCUGCGGUCUGUGUCGCCCGCCGUCCCCUCGGCGCCUCUCUACGAUGAGAUCAAUUUCUCAGGCGGCGACGGCAGCCAGCAGCUGAGCUCCCCGGAGCAUCUGAGCGACGGCAGUCUGCAGAAAGGCAAAGUCAGCAAAUCACCUGACAGCACCCUGAGGUCGCCGUCCUCUCCCAUCCAGGAGGAGGAUGAAGAAAAGCUGUCGGAGUUGUCGGACGCUCAGCCACACACGCUCCUGUCCAGCAGUCCCGCUCCCACAGACGCCACAGCAAACGAGGACGUCGCAGACUCGCUGUCCCCGGAUGACGAGGACAGGAUGCACGCCGGCGCCGACAUCCUCCAGGACUGCGGAAGCGAGCACAGCAGCUUGACCAAAAUGGAGAGCGACCCUCCGGGCGACCUUUCGUUGCCAGCUCUUGCGUUGGAUGGCGCAGGUGUACCUAAUGUUGUGACCGAUGAGCGUCGUCUCUCAACGAAAUCGGCUUCUCCGGUGUUAAGUGUCCACUCUGCCCUCGGUCCCGACUCCUGCUCUAUCGGUAUUGAGGAGUAAGCGCGGGUCGUCCGAGUCCACGGAGAGCCUGAAGAGUCAGAGCACAAACUGCUCCAGCCAGCCUCUCCUGUGCCCCACCGGCAGCUUCCACCGGGAAGACGAGCACCUCCUCCCCUGACGUCCUCGCUUUCUGCCUCGCCGACUUUUCAUUCCGACUCCCAUCAGGGCCGACGUGUAGGAAAACGGUAUUUUGUGUACAUGCGCUCCCAAUGUGGAUUUUUCGGACCCAAAGCACACUUACUCCUUCUUUUAACUGCACUGCUCAAUGGCGCAUUCAGACACACACACACACACAUGCAAAUAUAUAUAUAUAUA